AUGCGGCCGCCACCAUGCGCCGCCUCCCGCCCCUCCGCCGCUGCCGCCUCCACGUCCACCCCGGACAUCGUCGCGGAGCUCGGCCGCGUCAUCUCCACGCGCCGCUGGAACAAGGGCAGAGCCUACAAGCGCCUGGCCCCCUCCGUGACCGCUGCGCACGUGGCCGACCUCUUCCGCGCCCCGGUGGGCCCUCUCGACCCGGCCACCGCUCUCGCCUUCUUCGAAUGGGUCGCGCGCCGCCCCGGGUUCCUCCACACCGCCGCGCGCCCGCCAACUAUGACAAGCUCGUCGUCUCCAUGA